AUGGCGCAUCAGACGUCGUCUUUGGACAAUGCAAACUCCUGGAAUCCUGCAUCAUGGCCGGAAGAUGAUUCGCCUUCUAAUGCGGCGGCCUUUACGGAAGGUGGUUUGGCCGACCUCCUGGCCGCAGCAAGUCCGAAGCAAGCCCACGCAUCUGAUGUGAAGUCGCCUCUUAGCGAUGAUGACUUCUCUGCGUGGAACCUGCCGAAUGAGGAUGGAAUCAAACCAGCUCAAGUAGAAGAUGCUAACGAGGCUGCUCCCGUGGCGGAUGAUUCUCCUGUCCAGACCAACGGAGUCGAAAACAUGGAUAGCACGAAGAACCGAGAUCUCGACGAGACGGUGAUCUCUACGGAAUAUAAUAACCAAACCGAGUCGUCCGAUGUAUUACCCACAGAUGCCGAACCUAUACAAACGUUCCUGCCUUCCUCUGAGCCCACAGCCACCCCGAUGGAACAUGUCGUCUUGCCAGCCGACGCCCAAGAUUCCCUGUCGGCUCCCCUUGUCAACAAUGUCCAGUCUACAACACACCAAGAGCCGUCUGUGUUGGCCGAGUUGGAGAAGACAGAAGACAACACCCUACUUGCCAGAGCGGAUGACCAACCGACAACUCCAGAGGAAUCGAUCGUCGAGCCGGCUACUGUUAUUCAACCCGCGCAACCCCUACUUGAUCAACAGUCUGCUCCCUCUGUCGAAGUAGCGUCCUCAUAUGAUAAGAAACUAGAUCAGUGGAAAGUUGAGCAACCCCAGACAGAGCAGCUACCCACGCCCCCAGUUGACGUGGAGCCUGUGGUGCCUGCCAGUCACGAGCCGCUCUUGACACCCUUUGCGCCACUACCGCCAGCAGAUGUCCAGCAGCUGGAACCCGAGUUACCUCUGGAGGAGUCGAAUGAAACAGAUGCCGACCCUUGGAGCAUUGAAGCCCAUAACGAUAUGGACUCAGAUGGCGAUGAUUUCUUCAAUCAAUUAAAGACUCAAACUAAGCCUAUUUUCGCACCUCCAGAGGCUGAGUCCCGGUUUGAAGAAGGAGUUCCGCUGUUGGACGAGGACCAUGUCAAUUCUCCUGUGCAUGAGGAACAACCAGCGAAAUCUGUUCAUGACCCUUUCGCCAAUGACGAAAACGACGAAGAUGACUUUUUCGGUUCAGCUCCAAGGGUGGGGACGAGUGAUGCAUUUCCCUCUCCGCAUAUCACCCGGAAGAGCACGUCACAGGUGAUGCAAUCGGUGGGUUUCGACAUCGACUCUCCCACGAGCGAUACAUCAGCUGCUGCCCAAUUCGACGAUGUUCUCAAAGCUGCUGCUACGUCUCAAACCGUAGAAUCCGCGGUGCAGGUGGACGUGGGUGCAGAGCCUUCAGAAGACGAUCUUGCUGCGCGAUGGGAAGCGGAGUUGAGCGAUACGGGGGAAGAUGAAUUGGCUGCUAGAUGGGAGGCAGCUCUUGAUCUAGAUGAUGACGAUAUGCUCCUGGAAGAUGAUACAAGUGCGAUUGCACCUGCUCAGCCUCAAGCUUCCUCCCCUGGGCAACAAUAUGUUCCUCAAAAGGCCACCACAUCUACAACCAAUGCUGGCCCUACCAGCUUGAAUAGCCCGUUCGAGACACCCGACAGUGAGACUCGGCCUCGGGCCGUUCCUGGCUUAUAUACGCCACAUCAGCCUACAACUGCGGACCUGGUCGGAGGCCUCCCCAUACCUGGAGCACCCUCAGCGGCGAAUGCUGCGAUCGUGCCAUACUUUUCCCAGCCACCGUCGAACCCUGUGCUGCCCCCUCGCGGGGAGAGCUUUGCGGAGCGACCAAAGGAGGGCUAUAAAUCUCCGUAUGACCUGCCAGACGACUUGUCUCGACCCCGACGACCUGUGGUGAUCCAGAAACCUGCUCCUUUGCCUGUGGGUAGCAUGCCUCCGCCUCCACCUCCUAACAGUGUCAUGCCCCCCACUGGCAGCACCUCCUGCUCCAAAGAACUUCUACGAAGAGCUUCCUUUGCCGAUUCCAAAGUCUCGACCUGCGACAAGCUCAGGGCGAUACUCCCCAACCCUGCCGUGGCCACGACGACCGGUUCCUCCGCUGCUGUUCCACCACCGCAAAAUCCAUAUGCACCCGCCGCACCUCUUGCAGCUUUACCAGCCAAUGUGCCGUCUCAGCCUUCCCUGCAACCGCCAGAGCGUUUGGACCCAUAUGCUGUUCCAUCAUCGUUAGCAUCAAGUGCACCGGCUGGUCCACCUGCCGCUUCCCGGUAUUCUCCUCAGCCGCCAGGUUUGCAACCAUCGGCGAAGCCACCUUCAAUGCCGCGAUAUUCACCCGCACCUCCUCCUUCGGGGCCGACUGCGCGCAAUCGCUAUGCCUCUCAGCCUUUGGCCGUUCCAGGCCAUGUCAACAACUUGCCAUUCCAGCCUCGUACCUCCAGUCCGCUCGCUUAUCAUGAAAAGGCCUCGUAUCAACCUGAUGAGGCUCAGGCCCAACAGCCGCAGCCACCUUCAUUGCAGCCAUCCGUUGAUCUUUCCCCACCGCGCGCGCAGCGUUCAAGCAUUGACCGAGGGUCGCCGUAUGCUCCACACCUGUCAAAUGGGAUUGGCAACCUCGAUGGUGCAAGCCCCUCAGCUGCCCAACGACAGACCCCGCCGCCCCCUAAGAAUCGCUAUGCACCGCCGGAGUAUGUCAACGAAUUUACUCAGCGAGUUGCGCCAAACACUGCCUACCAGCCUACCCAAACCGCGGGAAUCGUGCCACCGUCAUCCCAACGGGCGACUGAUCCGCAGUCUGCGCCUCCUCGUCGGUCUCAUACUUCCUCGCCAGGGCAGCAAAUGACGAGCCCCCGAGCCACUGUGCCGCCACUUACAACUUUACCGCGCCCGGCCUCUGUGCACGGUUCGGGCUCACCUACCAAGACAACCAACCCGUACGCACCCGUCCAGCAGUCUGUGCAAGGCCGCGCUCGUGCUCUAUCCCAGCACCUGGAGUUUAUCGCGCCCACCGAUGGACAAGAACAAGAUCCUCUCCAGCGAUGGAAAGGUGCGCCUAUCUUCAAGUUUGGUUUCGGUGGCGCUGUUGUCUCUUGCUUCCCCCAACAGAUUCCCCGGUACUCUGUUGGUCAGGCUCUCCCAAUGAUCAAGCCCAGUCCUGGCGAGCCAAAGCUCUCACAGGCCAGCCAAUGGGUCCCAUCUCUAGAUACCAUUGUUCAACAUCCGGGAUUGCUCAAGACCAAAUCUAAGAAGAAGGAUGUGCUCGCUUGGCUGUCAAGCAAGAUUGCUGCGUUCGAAAAUGAUAUGCCUCACGGGUUUGACCAGUCUCAUCCCGACACACAGAAGCGUCACGAAGAAAAGAUAUUGCUCUGGAAGGUUGUAAAAAUUUUGGUUGAGAACGAUGGUCGCUUGGAAGGUUCGGCCGAGAUACUGAGCUCUAUUCGCCAGGUAUUCGUGCCAAACCUUCCAGAACUCGGACCCGAUGGCUCCGUGAUCAGUCCUUUUGGACCGUCUGGCGGGUUCGCCUCCUUGGGAACACCAUCCCAGUCGGAUACCCCUGCUGAUUCUCAGUGGAUGGAAGAACUGCGGAAUCUUUUGCUCUUAGGUGAACGAGAAAAGGCAGUCUGGGCCGCCGUCGACCGCCGUCUAUGGGGGCAUGCAAUGAUUCUUGCGUCUACCAUGGAUCGCACUAUUUGGAAGCAGGCUGUCCAAGAGUUUGUUCGACGUGAGAUCAAAUCUACAGCUGCCAACACCGAAUCGCUUGCAGCGCUCUACGAGAUCUUCGCUGGAAAUGUUGAAGAAAGCAUUGAUGAACUUGUACCUCCAUCGGCGCGGGCUGGUCAUCAACUAAUUAGUAUGAACGACCCCCAUGCCUCCACAAAAAAUGCGUUGGAUGGAUUGAACAGCUGGAGAGACACCGUCGGAUUGGUGCUUACCAAUCGGAGCUCGGAAGAUCAGGCUUCGUUGCUUGCUCUUGGCCGUUUACUGGCUUCUUAUGGACGCGUGGAGGCCGCACACAUUUGCUUCAUUUUCUCUCGCAAUGCAGUCUUUGGUGGUGCCGAUGAUCCUCAAGCGAACAUUGUGCUACUUGGUUCUGAUCAUCAGCGCCUACCUUGCUCUUUGAUGGAUGAGGACGCCAUUCUACUGACCGAGAUCUACGAAUUCGCUACCACCGUCCUGGCCAACUCGCCGGUGGCCAACCUGCCUUAUUUCUUAGCCUUCAAGCUUCUGCACGCGAAGCAGCUGGCCGACCGGGGACGCAAACCUGAAGCUCAGGUGUAUUGUGAUGGAGUUGCCGCAGCGCUCAAAGCAACCACUCGGCCGUCACCUUAUCAUCACCAGCAUUUGUUUGUUGAGGUAGAUGAGCUUUCUGCUCGACUUCGCCAGACCACUAGUGAUGAUGGCUCUUGGAUCUCUAAGCCGAGCAUGGAGAAGGUAUCCGGAUCUAUGUGGGCUCGCUUCAACAGCUUCGUCGCUGGCGAUGAUAGCGAUGCGGCAUCGACAGGCUCUGUCAAAGCGGGUGAGAUCGGAGACUUCGGUCCCUUUGCCAAUGUUGCAGGAACGCCAACUGUCAGCCGUUCUCCUUCUGUGUCUGACCUCUAUGGCUCUUAUCCGGGAGCGCCGGCGGCUCAACCUAUCCCCGCCCCUGCUGGCGGUUCUUCACGAUACCUGCCGAACCAGUAUGCGCCGAACGCAUCGCCUGAACAAUUCCGCGGACGAUCAUCGAUGGAUUCCCAGAGAUCUCCAUCUUUUGGUGGCGUUCCCUUCGGACAACGUCGAACCUCACAAGAAUACCCUGCUUCUCCAGUCGAGAGUUAUGCACCCAUGUAUGGCUCUCCUGGCAGUGUGUCCGGUUAUCAGCCUACUCCGCCUCAGACAUCCUACAUGCCCCUUGCUCCAGUUGAGGAGGAUUUGACUGCCCAAUCGCCUGUGGAUGCCGUGCCGCCUACCCAACCAGCGCCUGCUGUCAAUGGCCUCUUUUACCAGCCCCUCGGACGACAAGAGCAGCAACAGCCGGAGGCUGAGCAGGGAUCGGCUGUACAGUCACCCUACUACAAUUGCCCCACUGGCAUGCCGCAGCCUGAAGCUUCGUCGUAUAUGCCUCCGCCUAGCAAUGCUUACGCGCCACCCUCGUAUGCUGCCCCUGAAUCGAAUUCGGCAUCAGAGGAGACAGAUCAGCCCUCUGCCGUGGAUGAGGAGCCCCAGCCCCGGAAGAAGAAGUCGUUUAUGGAUGACGAUGAUGGUGACGACCUUGCCACUAGGGCCGCUGCCAUGCAAAAGGCCGAGAACGACCGGAAGGCGGACGAGGCAUUCAGAAAAGCCGCCGAAGAAGACGCCAAGAGAGACGCGCUGCAAUCCCAGAAGAAGGGAUGGUUUGGUGGAUGGUUCGGAGGUGCGAAGAAAGAAUCCGACAACGCCGGUGGCGGUCCUAUCAGGGCCAAGCUCGGCGAAGAGAACUCCUUCUACUAUGAUAAAGACCUGAAGAAGUGGGUUAACAAGAAGGAUCCCAACUCGGCCGCUGCUGUUCGUGCUACGCCGCCUCCGCCACGAGGCUCUGCCCCACCGAGUCGAGCUGCUAGCUCUGGCAGUAUGCCCCCUCCAUCUGUACCCCCUAUGUCUGGCGCCGGUAGCCGGCCCCAGUCGUCUGCGAGCGAUAUGCCUCCUCCACCCCUUUCAUCCAGUCCUGCGAUGCCAGGACUUGGCGUGCCACCGCCUCUUGGUAACAUGCCUCGUUCCGUCUCCACUGGUGCGGCUGUCCCAACACCGCCUGGUAGCUCGAGUGGCCCACCGCCUCGACCUGCGUCCUCCUUGACUCAUGCAAACUCUAUUGACGACCUUCUUGGUGCUCCCACUGCUCGCAAGGGUAAUACCGUCAAGGGCAAGAAGAAGGGCCGCUACGUCGAUGUGAUGGCUCAAUAA